AUGUUUCGCUUUCUACUUGGGUUUAUCUAUGUUCAGUACUCCUUAUGCCAAUCAUCUAAAUCUUCGUCUGGUAAUUAUAUAGCAAUUAGUUCCAGUAGUAUGUAUAUCUUUUUGUCGAUAUUAGUUCUAUCAUCAUUUAAUCAAUCGUGUUCUAAUGAUUUCUCUUGUGUUAAUUCAUUGAUCUGUUCAAAUACAAAUACAUGCAUAUGUCCAAAUGUGUCAUCAUUUUGGAGUGAUAAGCAAAACGAUUGUCUUUCCUGCCUAUCGGGUUGGAUUCAAUGGAAAAGGAAUCGUUGUCUUUCUUUGGCAGUACCAUCUCAAGGUGGCUUUUCAUAUCAUCAAGCAGAUCACAUUUGUCGUUCGAUUUCAGCAGAACUUUUACAUAUAAAAAAUAUAGAUGAUUUUCAACAAUUUGAAUUAAAGGUGAAUGCAUUACUUUAUAGUACAUUUUCAAGUGCAGUUACAAUAUUUUUUCGUGUUGGUGCAUGGAUAAAGAAAUUGACUGGUAAUACAAUCGACAGUUUGGAAGAUACUUUGUGUGAUGAAAAUGAUAAUAGUUCGAAUUUUCAAUGUAUAAUAAUUAGAAGAAACAAUUUACAAAAUGGUACACUAUGUUUAAGCCGCCUAGAAUGUAAUGAAAACAUGUUAUUUAUAUGUGAUAUGGAAGCUAUGUCGGCUAAUUAUACAAUAGAUAACGAAAAUACCGAAUUUUCAUCUCGAGCUAUUGGAGCACUUCUUGGAGUGGUUGCACCACUAGCUGUUGAUUUGCUUGGUAAUCUACUUGGUGGAAAUAAACAACCACAGCCUCAACCACAGCCACAACCGCAACCCCAACAAAUUAUUAUUCAGCAAGAAACUGGAAGACCACAAAAACCUGCUGCACAAGAAAAGCCGCCAGCAGAUAAUACAUUACUCUAUGUUGCAUUGGGUGUUGGCGGUUUUUUAAUUCUUCUGACUAUUAUUGGUGGUGCUGUCGCAAUUGUUUUAUUUACAGGAUGUAUGCAAAAUUCAACAGCGGCUUCAGAAACUAAUUAUCGAUCUAGUAUUGAAAGUGGUUAUAAUUAA